CACAAGUAUGAAAGACCGCUCCCUCAGGUGUCUUUUACCAAGUACUUUAGUUCAGUGUUCUUUGAAAACAAGUACUUUUCUCGGUGAUGAAGGGUUUAACAGUAGGCUAUUGAACAAUGCUGUGCCAACAUGCUCUGAGGUAAUGUCUCUUUAAGAGCGGAACCCUCUGCUGAAACAAUUGUACAACCCCCAACAAGUCAUUGAACCUGUCAAUCACCGGUCGGGCGCUUUGAUGUUGGCAGUCCUCGCCUUGUCUUGAGCUCAAAUGCACUAUUUGUUGCUGCCGGGCUGCAUUACUUUCAACUUGCGGGACUGCUCCACAGAAGAGCAACUUUUCUUUUGUUGUAUACUUUGGCAGUAUUUGAGUGCAAUAAACCAGCAAGGUUUGUCUGAAUAGAAAGUUUAUUUUUGUAAAAAACAGUAAACCGCUGAUUAGGCUAGGAGGACACAUUUGUAGCCUAAUUUUGAAAGCAACAUGCCUCAGCUCAGCAGUGGCGGAGGGGAUGAUCUCGGAGCCAACGAUGAAAUGAUAUCUUUCAAGGAUGAAGGCGAACAAGAUGAGAAAAUUCAAGAAAACGCUUUCACAGAACGGGACUUAGCAGACCUCAAGUCGUCUCUGGUGAAUGAAUCAGAGACAAAUCAAAGUCCGAACGCAGCGGCGGUCAGACGAGAACAGCAAAACGAACACAGAGGUUAUCAAGAGAAACACCGGGAGCAUCUCGACGGCGUGUCCAAACAUCAAGAUGGGGGAAUGUAUAAAGCAUAUACAGGGUAUCCCUUUCUCAUGCUGCCGGACCCAUACAUCCCGAAUGGAUCAGUGUCGCCAUCCUCCAACAAAGUUUCUGUGGUCCAGCAGUCUCACGGAAUGCAUCCCCUGACGUCUCUCCUGCCCUACAGCAAUGAUCACUUCAACCCCAGCCCCCCUCACCUGCCUACAGACAUGAGUCAGAAAGGCGUUCAAAGGCCCCAGUCCCAGGACAUCUCAGGCUUCUACCCCCUGCCCCCGGGCGCUGUGGGCCAGAUGCCCCCCUCCAUGGGAUGGCAAAGUCAGCCUGUCUAUCCCCUGUCCUCAUGUGGAUUCAGACAGCCGUACUCCUCCAGUCUCCCCAACAGCUCUUCAUACCCCAGGUUCUCCCACUCUCUGAUGCUGGGGCCAGGCAUGCACCCCACAGGGAUCCCCCACCCAGCUAUCGUUCCUCCUUCAGGGAAACAGGAUCAUCACGAUCAUUACGACAGGAAUAUGUAUGCUAAGCCUCACCAGGAGACCAAGCGGGAGAAGGAGCCUAAGAAGCCAGUGAUCAAGAAGCCUCUGAAUGCCUUUAUGCUGUACAUGAAGGAGAUGAGGGCCAAGGUGAUUGCUGAGUGUACCCUGAAGGAGAGUGCUGCCAUCAACCAGAUACUGGGCCGCAGGUGGCACGCGUUGACCCGGGAGGAACAGGCCAAGUACUAUGAGCUGGCCAGGAAAGAGCGGCAGCUACACAUGCAGCUUUACCCCAGCUGGUCUGCCAGAGACAACUACGAGGCGGGCCUUAGAGGGGGCGCGGGGGAAAAGAGUAAAGCUGAUUGGGGCAAGAAGAAGAGAAGAAAAAGAGAAAAGCAACAGGACUCCACCACAGACCCCGGCUCUCCUAAGAAAUGCCGAGCUCGCUUCGGCCUCAACCAACAAACGGACUGGUGCGGUCCCUGCAGGAGGAAAAAGAAGUGCAUUCGAUACCUUCAAGGAGGACGGUGCUCCAGCCCCACUUCUUCCGAUGGAAGCCCUAUAGACUCACCCGUCUCCCUGGUCGACGGCGCCCCCCCCCGGCACCUUUCCCCGCCCCGGUCCCCCUCGCCUGCUUCUCCAUUACACAUCCCCCUGCACCCGCAGCCCAGCAAACAACAUCCCCCCCGUAUCCUCUUCAAAUCCAAGGCCGCAGAACUGUCCCUCAAAACAUUAAUAGGAUCAUCCCAACAGCACGACGAUCUCCAUUAUCAUCCUCAUGACUGUGCCCUGCCCACGUCUCACUAGCCAGCCAUACCUGCCUGCUCUCACUCAGCCACCUGUCACCCCAGCAGACAGAGCCCGACCCGACGUCGCCACGACCAAACCCGGAGAGGGAGACAACACUGGAGACGGACUUUCACCAGAAGUAUUUAAGAAACAAUAAGGGAGCGGAUGGACAAUGUUAUUAACAUCAUUAUGAUGGGCUGACGGCUGAUUCUCUCAGUGCUGGUGUUAUUUUAAAGUUGUACAGGGAUGAUGACUGAAGGCAGUACUGUAUGUACAGGGAUGACGACUGCUUCUGUUAAAACUGCCUCAAAUGGAUUACUUUUCCAAAGAUUUUUACGGCCGAGUUCCUUGCUCAUCCUUUUCAUAAAACGUUCAUCUACACAUGUCAAAAGAACCUUUUCCAAUAUAGUAUUUAUAUUGAAUAAUGAUGUGCUAUAAGGUUGAAACUACAAGGUGGCAGUGACAUUGUUUUUUUGCCGAGUAAACAUUCUCGUCUCCAAUCUGAGAUAAAUAACUCAUUAAUUUCCUUUAGGCACUUCCAGCUUGUCAGUCAAGUCAAAUUCUUAAUACAUUAUGAUGUAGGACUCUCACACAGAAUUAGGACAUCCUUGGUGUUUGUUGAUAUAGAUGCACAGUUUGAGAAACUGAUUUGUUUGCUGGUGUCUAAUGGCCUCCAAGAUAUAGAAGAAAAAAAA